GCCAAGCAGCCAUGUCAACAUGAAACAGAUUGGUUUAGCUCCACUGUGCUGUGUCCUACUUGUAUCCCGUAAAACCCUAAACCCCAAAUUCCAGAACUCCCAGAAAUAUCAAAAUGCACAUUUUCCUUUCAAUUUCAACAAAAUUAUUACAUUCAAAAUCCACAUCCUUCAAGUCUCUCACAUGGAUUCCUACAAUUUUCUCACUAUCCCCAAAGCAAAUGUCACAGUCAACUUCCAUACCCAGAAACCAACAGCGUAUUCGUGACCACGGCUACGAUGAUUACAUGGAAGUGGAGAAGAAAAUCCGCAAAGUAAUGAAAUUUCAAGAACUACUUCUUACUCAACCAAAUUCAAUGAUUGCCAUUUCUCGCCUUGAUAUGCUUGCUCGCCGUUUUGGGUUCAGACAAUAUGAAGCAGGGCAGUUUAUUCUCAAAUUCCCGCAUGUUUUCGAGGUAUUCGAACACCCAGUUCAGAGAAUACUAUAUUGUAGGCUCACUCGUAAAUCACUGCUUCAAAUUGAGCAAGAAAAACAAGCCCUUUUAGCUCAAUUGCCUCAAGCUGUAACCCGUUUACGAAAGCUUCUGUUGCUUUCGAAUGCAGGGAGAUUAAGGUUAGAACAUGUUAGGAUUGCAAGGAAAGAAUUUGGUUUACCUGAUGAUUUUGAGUUUUCAGUGGUUUUGAAGUAUCCCAAGUAUUUUAGAUUGUUUGAUGCUAAAGAGACUAGGAAUAAGUACAUUGAGGUUGUUGAAAGAGACCCACAAUUAACUGUUUGUGCUGUGGAGAUUGUUAGGGAGAGAGAGUAUAGAGAAAAAGGUGGCGAAGAAGAGAAUGUGCGGUUCUCAUUUAGAGUGGAUUUCCCGCCAGGUUUCAAGAUUGGGAAGUAUUAUAAGAUUGCUGUUUGGAAGUGGCAAAGGUUGCCUUAUUGGUUGCCGUAUGAGGAUAUCUCUGGUUAUGAUUUAAGGUCACUUGAGGCACAGAAGAGGAUGGAAAAGAGAGCAGUUGCGACUAUUCAUGAAUUGUUGUCGUUGACAGUUGAAAAGAAGAUUACUUUGGAGAGAAUUGCGCAUUUUAGGUUGGCAAUGGAUUUGCCAAAGAAGCUGAAAGACUUUCUCCUUCAGCAUCAGGGGAUAUUUUAUAUUUCAACGAGGGGAAAUCAAGGGAAAUUGCAUACGGUGUUUCUCAGGGAGGCUUAUAAGAAGGGACAGUUGAUUGAGCCAAAUGAGUUAUAUUUAGCUAGGAGAAGGCUGGCUGAAUUGGUUUUGCUGAGUCCAAGGAAAGCCAUUGUGGAUAAAAAAUUGGUUAAUUAUAGAAAACAAGGAGGCGAUGAUGAAAUAGCUGACUACAUUGAGAAUGGAGAAGAUCAUUCAGCCGCUCAAGAGACGGUUAGAGAAGAUUUGGGAGACGAAAGCCUGGACUCUGAUGAUGAUUGCAGUAUUGACUCUGAUGGUGAUUGUAGUACUGACACUGAGUACACACACAAGGAAGUCAAUAAUGAUGAUGUUACUGAUGAUGCAAAGGACACUCAUGUCACUGAGUAACCGAACUUAGCUCAGCUGUUAUAGUGGUUCUUGAUUAGAUUCCCUUUGCCCUUUUGGUGUUAAAUUAUUGGAAAAUCAGCUUAUUCAGCUGAAAUUGAUUUAUUGUAUUGUAAAUCUUCAGGUUGUUGAUAUGGUGAUUUAAGGGUGGGCAUAAAUAUCAAAGACCCGGAAAAUCCGGACCGAACUUAAUAAUUUUGUCCUUUGGCCUGGUCGGUUUUAUUUUUUAUAAAACUUCACUGUUCGGUUGGAUUUCUGGUUUUAGGGUCCCGAUUCUUUGGUAAACUGAAACAAAAUUUUACAGAUGCUGAAUCAUCUGUGUCUUGUGACUGCUGUUGCUGCACCUAAUAGCUGAAGAACGGAAUUUUACAGCUGCUGAAUUAUCUGUGUCUUGUGACUGCUGUUGCUGCCUAUUAGGUGUUUGAUGUUUGAACUGAGAGAAACAUUAUCUGCUGGUGUUUGCUACUGUAUUUGUUACAAGUUUGUGUAGCUACUGCCUAGAAUUAACUUAGCUGAAAAAGAGGCUAUUUUCCAUAUCUUAGGCCUUAGCUGCUCGGAUUACUUGUAUUAGCUUAGCUUAGCUGCUGCUGCACUCAUUGCUAAUACUUGUAUUAGCUUAGCUGCUGGUGUAAAUGAAAAUGAACUAAGAUAUCAUACAAUUUUGUGUUGGUACUGUGUACAGGUGUAAGACCUUUGGCCUUUGCAGCUGAAUUAUUUGCUUAGCCUCCUAGUUGCUGGCCUGCUGAUACAUGUUUGUGUUGAUCAUGCAAAAUUCCAAGCCAUGUGAUAGAAAAACAGCUGCUGCCUCGGUGCAUAUGAUAUUAGCCCAUACGGAAAAACCGAACCGAAUUAGAAAAAAUGGAACCGAAAACCGAAGAACCGAAUGCCCAGCCCUAUCAGGAGUUCUUUGAUUUUCCAAAUGAAUUAGGGGAUCUCUGUGUAAUACUUGGCUGUUUCAUUAGUUUUACACGACAGCACCUAUGUAGACUUUUACCCUGGCUACGUAAGAGCUGGUCAAGUUCUUCUUCCUUUUAGAUGCAAUGUGGGUUCAACCAUAUUUUUUUAAUCUUGUAUGACAAAUACUUGUGCGUGUUAGGUUCCAACAGGAAGGGAACUCAUUGGGAGUGAGGUAGUUGAGGACAGAAACAAUGAAGUUAGAGUUUUGUGGGUGAUUAUAUUGCUUCAGAAAUUAAUAAAAAGAAGAUAGUGAUGGUGUGGCAAUAGGUUUGGCAACAGUGAUGGUGGAAGGAGUUGAUGGGCUGUCCGUCUGUGUCCUGGGCUCCUGGCAGGUUUAGGCUGCUGCAAUCAAUGUUAUUUUUAGGGCUUGAUAGGUCUUUUCCAGAAAAGAGCAUAUAACGAACAUCACUUGUUUCGGCUAAGUGGUCUCAAUUUCUAUUGUUUCUUGUCAUUGCUUUCAAAACUCUACUAGAGUUUUAAAUACUUCACUCCGUUUUUUCUUCAUCAUGAUUUAACUGCUGGCUUUAUUACCAUUUAUGUCUUGUUGGCAUUGUAGCUGGAAGAGUUGAAGAAUGGUCGAAGUGUAUCUGGUGAAAAGAUGAAUUUUAGUCUCAGUGGUGGUGAUUUGGUGAGGAAAAUGGAUUUUGCACCCAUUGAUGCUCAGCGAAGAGAAAAAGUGAAAGACGCUAUGUAUCAUGCCUGGAGUUCAUAUGAAAAAUAUGCACGGGGCCACGUGAACUUUAGGCUGGGUUGUUGCUUCUAAUAAGUUUUCUUUGUGAAAACAUUACCUUUGUUCCAUUGUAUUUGGUCAUUUAGCAGUCAUAUCUUUGGUGGAGGCAUCUCAGUUGGGCGUUUAGAUGCUUUACCUGUUGAUUGAUGUUGUUCGAUUUUCUUUCUCUAUAAUUUAAGGUUUCGAGUGAUUGUGAACAAUUUGUAUGCUUUACCUUUAAGUUGACUACUUUAAUUUCAUA